UACACGCACAGUACCUUCAGGUCUACAUCGUCAAAAUCGGCUCGUUACUUUUUGCAACCUCGGAUGACGAGUGACAAUUGAAGUCAACUGCAGUUAAGCGUAGAAUCGGAACAGCAAACUAGGGUGUGCCUAGCCAUCAUUUAAAAAGAUGAAACGUCUUCACCUGCUAAGGACCAGUGCUGAUUGCAUGUCAACACACGAAAAGUGUGUUUUGCCAGAGUUGGGUUCACUUCUGACCUCGGCAAGUCGAAUUCCUGCUCCCAUCAUGGCCUCAGCCUGGUGUGAAGAGGACACGUUUGUCUGCUCCGUAUGCCUGGAGACCCUGAAGGAUCCAGCAACUCUACCCUGUGGACAUUCCUACUGCUUGAUCUGUAUCCAGAGUCACUGGGACAAAGGGAGCAGCAACGGCCAGUAUAGCUGCCCCCAGUGCCGGCAGAUUUUCAAGCCGCGGCCCUCGCUGGCAAAGAGCACAGUCUUAGUGGAAGCCAUGGAAAAGCUUCGGAGCAAUCGUCUCAAUCGAAGCCCCUCUCCAGCUGUCUGCUCUGCUCCAUCAUCAGAACCAAUCUACCUGGAGCUUCUUCCAGAAACCAGACCACAGCAAGGCACUGUAUACCCUCAGCUUCCUACUGGGUCUGCCAGACCCUGUCCUCAACAUAACCAGCCUUUGGAUCUGUUUUGCCAUGAUGACAGGGAGUGUGUGUGUGAAGUGUGUUUUCAGCAGGAACACAAAGGGCACCGUGUGCUCAAGCUUGAAGAUGAGAGGAAGGAGAGACAAAAGGAGCUCAUUCAGAUGCAGGCGGAGGUGGAGAGGCGAGGUCAGGAGACAGAGAUGACACUAAAGGAGCUCCCAAAUGUUGCCCGUCAACAUAAGGCUUUGGUCCAGUCUCUGCAGCAAGAGAGACUGGAUUUGUUUUCUGAACUCGUAAAGGUCAUUACGCUCACCGGCACUCAAGUUGGCGAGGUUCUCGGGACGCAUGAGCAGUCUUUUGGUAGCCAGAUUGAGGACCGCAUCCACAGACUGGAACAGGAGAUGGUCCAGCUUCACUGGAAGGGCCAGGAGCUGAGCAGGCUGGCAGGCAUGCAGGACCACGUCUGCUUCUUAAAGAAUUUCCUCACAAUGGAGCCGGCAGGUCCACAUGCUGCCACACAGGAGUCAAUACUGGGCAAAGAGGAAGCGGUGAUAGAGGACGUCCGCUCCGCCUUAAAGGAGCUGCAAGAGUCAAUAAAGGAGCUCUGCAAAUGCAGUCUUGCCAAACUUGUCACUUUAGUAAAUGAAGACCCUGUGGUCUUGAGAAGUGAAGGUGCCACAGCACAAAACCUUAUAUCGGUUGAUGGUGUUUCUACUAUGCAAAACACAGUUUAUGAGACGCAACAUCCGAAACCUUUACCCUUGCCGCGGCCCUCAGUCCCUGCCAGUGAAGCUUCAGCGCCACCGUUCCCUCAGCCUGAACCACAAGCACCCCUGCCUGUAACAACAGUGGGACUUGUAAGCCCAGAACCAAAGAUGAGGGAAGAAUUGCUGAAAUUUCGCUUUGAACCCACCAUGGACCCCAACACUGUGUAUCGGCAUAUACGGCUCUCAGAUGGCGGGCAUAAGGCCACGUUGCGCGCAGAGAACCUGAAUCCGGUGGAGCACCUGGAACGGUUCCACUACUGGCGACAGGUUCUCUGCAGAGAGCCACUGGCUGGCAGCCCUUACUACUGGGAGGUGGAGUGGACUGGCCAGAAGAUUACAAUUGGAGUGGCAUACAAGGAAAUUGAUCGCCAGUCUUCUGAUGAUAAAAGCCGUUUGGGGCAUAAUCCCUUUUCCUGGAGCUUGUACUGGUCUGGGACCGGUUUUUCCUUUUGGCAUAACAGUCAGGAAAAACUCCUGGGCGCCCCCAAAGCCCGGCGGAUCGGCACUUAUUUAGACCAGCAUGCGGGCAUUUUGGCAUUUUACCGCAUCAGCAACGAUCAGGCACACCUCAUCCACAGGCAUGUGACCCAGUUCAGCGGUCCACUGUACCCAGGAUUCCGAUUCUGGAGUGGAGUUGGUGCUACUGUAACAGUCUGCCAGUUGGAUUGAAAUGAAAAUGAACUAUUUUUGCAUUUUGGUUUGCUUUCAAUAUUUUUCUGUAUGAUUAUUUUACAUACUCUGUAUUUAUGUAAUAAAAAUAUCAAGUUAUAAUAAACAUUCAAAAGCAAAUACAUACAGCUCAUUAGAACUGCUUGAGAUUUAUGGUAAUGCAACUAAUAACUCUUUUUGCAUGGUACCGGUAAAAGGUGACCAUAGUGUGUACAAAAUACGACGACACGUGUUGACUGCCAUAUGAAAUCAUCACUGACCUCUUGAAUUUAUUUAUUUUG